UUCAAAGGCAGAGAGAAGAAGUCGCUGGAGGGAGAUUUUACCGUUUGUCUGCAGGUUGGCAGAUUAUUCCGAGCGACUCCAACAGACCCAUGUCAGAGAGACAAACAUAAAGAAACGCAUAAACAGAAAUUGUCCGUACAAAUGGAGAGCUGCUAGAGAGGGAGCAGCUCAGCUUUGCCAUUUAUAGCUUCCAGAUUCUUUUUUCGGGGCCUAAAGAAAAUGCACUAAACAACAGGUUGUUUUUAAUGUGAUUUCAUAUUGACCACAAUCACUGUUUUCUGUUUCAGGUCUCUUCUUCUUCUUUUUGUUUCUCUUUUAUUUCUUCUUUCUUUCUGGUCUCUGCGCCAGAGUUCUGUUGUUCAUUCAUGGCAACUGGUGAUGGUGGCCAGCUUAAUCAAGCUUCUAUUUUCUCUGCUAUUCCAGGGGAGAAUGGAAAGGAUUAUUGCCUAUUGUCAGAGAGAUAUACACAAGCAGAGACUCCAGUUAAACAUAAGAAAUUUGGCAAACUAUUUUCUUUCUCUGCAUCUUUUCAGGAUUUGAGACGAGAUACAGGAAAGGACAAACAAGUCCCAUCACCAACAGGAGUUAUAGAAGCAUGCUUAGAGGACUUGAUUUCUGGCUCAGUUUCUUCUGAAAGUUCCGAGGAAGAACAGAAAGCUGAUUGUUCAAGGGCAAAGUCCAACUGGAGUAGAUUUUUCCAAUUAUGGAAGAAAAAAUCACUGAAGCACUUAGCCUCUUUCACUCCUCUUCCUGUACCAAGAAUUCUGACAAGAAAGAGCAGAAGUGCAAGAGAGAACCCGGCCCUGAGAGAAUUUUUUAAGUUCAAAUCUUCCUUAGAGACUUUCACACUUGCUCAGCUUGAAACUGCAUCCAACAAUUUUAGCCCUGAAAACUUAAUUGGAAAGGGUGGUUAUUCUGAGGUUUACAAGGGUCGUUUGAGAAAUGGAAAGCUAGUAGCAAUAAAGCGACUGACUAAAGGAACUGCUGAUGAAAGGACUACUCAGUUUCUAUCUGAGCUUGGCAUCAUGGCUCAUGUUGAUCAUCCUAAUACAGCCAAGUUGCUUGGCUGUGGCAUUGAUGGGGGAAUGCACCUUGUGUUUGAACUAUCCCCAUUGGGGAGCAUGAGAUCUGUUCUUCAUGGUUCAGAAGUCAAACUUGAGUGGAGUAAAAGGUACAAAAUUGCUCUUGGAACAGCAGAGGGGCUGCUAUAUCUUCAUCGAAGUUGUCGAAAGCGAAUCAUCCAUAGAGAUAUAAAGGCUGAUAAUAUUCUUCUCACGGAGGAUUUCGAACCCCAGAUUUGUGAUUUUGGGCUUGCCAAGUGGCUACCCAGACAAUGGACUCACCAUAAUGUAUCGAAAUUCGAAGGCACAUUCGGCUACUUUGCUCCUGAAUACUUCAUGCAUGGCAUAGUUGAUGAGAAAACUGAUACAUUCGCAUUUGGCGUUUUGCUAUUGGAGCUCAUAACAGGACGCCCAGCUGUGGAUCAUUUACAGCAGAGCAUAGUGAUAUGGGCAAAGCCUUUGCUUGAUAACAAUAGUAUCAAGGAGCUUGCUGAUCCUUCUCUAGGUGAUAACUAUGAUGUAGAAGAGAUGGAACGUGUCAUUUUGACUGCCUCGUUGUGCGUGGAGCAGUCUCCUAUUCUUCGUCCUCGCAUGAAUCAGGUUGUGAUACUGCUAAAAGGUGAUGAAUGUGCUAAAGAGGCUACAAAUGAAGGCAAGAAGAAGACACUCCAAAGAACUUACUCUGAAGAGCUCUUAGAUGCUCAAGAAUACAACUCAACCAAGUAUCUGAAUGAUCUCAAACGACACAGGGAGCUUGCUUUGGAAUGUUGACAUUCAAAGCAAAAGAAUUGCAU